GAGAUGUUUGGAAAGCCCUACUGGAUGGUGCGGGAGCAUUUGUACAGGAAUUGGACCAGGAAAUCAUGUUAUCUCUUACAAAAUUUGCUGAUCAGCUACCAUCAGUAAUUGGACAAGUAAAUGAAGGCAUAUCAGAAUUCAGACCUACACCCCUUGAGAACCGUGAAUUUUUCAAGAAGUCCUACCGGGUACCCCACACCCUGCUGGUCAAGUUCAAUAUUGAUGCCUUUGAUGAAAGUGACGUUCUGGAGGAGAUCUUGAAGCCUAGUGUUGAAUAUUUCGGCGGGACUGUAGAAAAGAUCACUUUAUCUGGAAAUCAUCUUACCCCAUGCAUACAG